GCUCAAACAUGCUGUUUAUGAUGCUGAGGACCUGCUGGAUGAGAUUGCUACCGAAGCUUUGCGAUGCAAGAUUGAAGCUGAAUCUCAAACCAGCACAGUUCAGGUAUGGAAUAGAGUCUCUAGCACAUUCAGUCCAAUUAUCGGUGAUGGGUUAGAGUCCAGGAUAGAGGAGAUCAUUGACAGACUAGAAUUUCUUGGGCAACAAAAAGAUGUCCUUGGAUUGAAAGAAGGGGCAGGAGAGAAACUGUCACAAAGAUGGCCGACCACUUCUUUGGUGGAUGAAUCUAGGGUGUAUGGUAGGAAUGGUAAUAAAGAGGAGAUAAUUGAACUGUUGUUAUCUGAUGAUGCAAGUUGUGAUGAGAUUUGUUUGAUUACCAUAUUGGGCAUGGGCGGUGUUGGCAAGACCACUCUUACUCAACUUGUGUACAAUGAUAGGAAAGUGAAUGAACAUUUUGAUCUGAAAGCAUGGGUUUGUGUUUUGGAAGACUUCGAUCUUUUUAGGAUAACUAAAGCAAUUCUUGAGCAGGCCAAUCCACUUGCCCGUGAUGUGACUGACCCAAACCUGCUCCAAGUUAGACUCAAGGAGAGCCUUACUGGAAAAAAAAUUUUACUUGUCCUGGAUGAUGUUUGGAAUGAGAACUAUAAUAAUUGGGAUAGGCUACAAACUCCACUUAGAGCUGGGGCGAAGGGGAGUAAGAUUAUUGUGACCACGCGUAAUGAGAAUGUUGCAUCGAUCAUGGGGGCUUCUUGUACACAUCAUCUGGGACAAUUGUCGCUUGAAGAUUGCUGGUUUAUAUUUUCAAAACAUGCUUUCCAAAAUGGAGACACUGGUGCACGUCCAAACCUAGAAGCAAUUGGCAAAGAGAUUGUGAAGAAAUGCCAAGGAUUACCUUUAGCUGCAAAAACACUUGGAGGACUCUUGUGCUCUAAGCUUGAAGCAGAAGAAUGGGAUAAUAUAUUGAAAAGUGAUCUUUGGGAUUUGUCAAAUGAUGAAAUUCUACCAGCCUUAAGAUUGAGUUAUUAUUACCUUCCCUCAUAUCUAAAGCGAUGUUUUGCUUACUGCUCAAUCUUUCCAAAGGAUUAUGAAUUUGAGAAGGAGAGACUCAUUUUGUUGUGGAUGGCAGAAGGUUUUCUUCAACAACCGAAAAGUAAGAAAACAAUGGAAGAGUUAGGCGAUGAGUACUUUAAUGAACUAUUGUCAAGAUCAUUUUUCCAAAAAUCAAAUAACAAUGGAUCAUAUUUUGUAAUGCAUGACCUCAUCAACGACUUGGCUAGACUCGUGUCAGGAGAUUUUUGCAUUCGAAUGGAGGAUGGUAAGGCACAUGAUAUCUCUGAAAAGGCUCGGCACUUAUCAUACUAUAAAAGUGAAUAUGAUCCCUUUGAAAGAUUUGAGACAUUCAAUGAAGUAAAGUGUUUAAGAACCUUCCUACCAUUGCAAUUGCAAUGUCUGCCAUCUUACUUGAGUAACAGGGUUUCACAUAAUUUGCUACCAACAGUUAGAUUGUUGCGAGUGUUGUCUUUGCAAAAUUGUCCCAUCACUGAUUUGCCUGAUUCAAUUGACAAUUUGAAACAUUUACGUUACUUAGACCUCUCCCGUACACUUAUAAGACAGUUACCAGAAUCAGUGUGUACUUUGUAUAAUUUACAAACACUGAUAUUAUCGUGGUGUAGAUUUCUCAUUGAGUUGCCAACCAGCUUCAGUAAACUGAUUAACUUGCGUCAUCUAGAUCUCAAUGCUUCUAAAGUAAAAGAGAUGCCAUAUCAUAUUGGCCAGCUGAAAGACUUACAAACGUUGACUACUUUCAUUGUAGGCAAAAAAAGUGGGUCGAGGAUUAGAGAGUUGAGGGAACUUCCGCUUAUUCGAGGAAGACUCUGCAUUUCAAAGCUGCAAAAUGUGGUGUCUGCUAGGGAUGCCCUGAAAGCAAACUUGAAGGAUAAGAAGUACCUUGAUGAGCUAGUGUUGGUAUGGAGUUAUGGAACUGAAGUUCUACAAAACGGAAUUGAUAUAAUAAGCAAGUUACAGCCUCAUACAAACUUAAAAAGGCUCACCAUUGACUACUAUGGUGGUGAAAUGUUUCCAGAAUGGCUGGGAGAUCCUUCCUUCUUGAACAUCGUGUCCCUAAAUAUCUGGAAUUGCAAACAUUGCUCAUCCUUGCCACCACUUGGGCAGCUAACCUUUCUCAAACAUUUAUCGAUAGGAGGAAUGGAUGGAGUACAUAGGGUGGGUACCGAGUUUUAUGGAACUCAUUGUUCCUCAAGCAAGCCCUUCACAUCCUUAGAAAUUCUAACAUUCGAUGGAAUGUUGGAGUGGAAGGAAUGGCUGCCAUCUGGAGGCCAAGGUGGGGAAUUCCCUCAUCUCCAAGAGCUGUACAUAUGGAAAUGCCCCAAGCUCCAUGGGCAAUUACCAAACCAUCUUCCUUCCUUGACCAAGCUUGAGAUUGAUGGAUGCCAGCAGCUUGUGGCUUCACUUCCAAUUGUUCCGGCCAUCCACGAGUUGAAGAUACGUAAUUGUGCUGAGGUAGGGUUAAGAAUCCCAGCUUCUAGCUUUGCUCAUCUUGAAAGUUUGGAAGUUUCAGAUAUCUCACAGUGGACGGAACUACCAAGGGGACUACAGCGGCUCUCAGUUGAAAGAUGUGACUCUGUUGAGUCCCAUCUCGAAGGAGUAAUGGAGAAAAACAUUUGUCUUCAAGAUUUGGUUCUCAGAGAAUGUUCGUUUUCAAGAUCCUUGUGCAGCUGUGGUCUGCCUGCUACACUGAAAUCACUUGGUAUCUACAACUCAAACAAGCUAGAGUUCCUCCUAGCUGAUUUCCUGAAAGGCCAGUACCCAUUUCUUGGACAUUUGCACGUAAGUGGUACCUGUGAUCCUCUCCCUUCCAUCCCAUUAGACAUCUUUCCCAAGCUUUCCCAUCUCAGAAUCUGGUAUCUUAUGGGCCUUAAAUCCCUACAAAUGUUGGUUUCAGAGGGGACCCUCGCCUCACUUGAUUUACUGAGUAUCAUUGGCUGCCCGGAUCUUGUAUCUGUUGAAUUACCUGCGAUGGACUUGGCUCGCUGUGUCAUCCUAAAUUGCAAGAAUCUCAAGUUUUUGAGGCACACUCUGUCAUCUUUUCAGUCAUUGCUUAUACAAAAUUGUCCUGAACUGUUGUUUCCAACAGAGGGUUGGCCUAGAAACCUAAAUUCACUUGAGAUUGAGAACUGUGACAAACUCAGUCCCCGAGUUGAGUGGGGUUUGCAUAGACUCGCCACUCUUACAGAGUUCAGAAUUAGCGGUGGAUGCCAAGAUGUGGAAUCAUUUCCUAAAGCUUGCAUAUUACCAUCCACUCUUACUUGUCUGCAGAUCUCAAGUCUUCCAAGUCUCAAGUCUCUGGACAGUGACGCACUUCAACAGCUUCCUUCUCUUACAAAAUUAUCCAUCAUUAAUUGCCCUAAACUCCAAUGCUUGACAGAAGAAGGGAUUGAACAUCUUCCCUCACUUAAAAGAUUGCAGAUCAUCAACUGUCCUGAGCUCCAAUUCUUGACGGAAGAGGGACUCCCUGCCUCCCUUUCUUUCCUACAAAUCAAGAACUGUCCUUUGUUGACAUCUUCGUGCCUACUUAAGAAAGGAGAAGAUGGAUGUUUUGUAGGUAACUCUCCACUCAUACUGAUUGAUGACCAAGCUUUCUAAUAAAGGUGGCAUUGCAAUACCCGUUACAACCCAGGAUGCCCUUCGAUCAACAGUGCUCAUUUUCAUGCUUUCAAAAAGGCCCUUGCGUUUUGGAGGGGUUGAUUGUUGGGCGGGGCCCAAUUCGUGUCCAGCCCAAGUUCAACCAUAUGAGGGCUGGACUCUUUGUUUAUUCUCUUAUUCUAGCUUGGCUUGUUACUGUGGGCAGCAACCGAUGUGAAGUUGGGUGUCAUUUUAAAGUAAGAGAACGCUUGGAGGGCUGCAACAAUAGCGAGAUAUUUUUGGAAGAAUAAAUGGAGCUUGUUAAUUUGCAAAAAGAGUCUCCAUUAGAGUACUUGCAGCAUCUUAGCUACAAGAGGGAGGCUUCUUUACCAUGUUUUAGUUUAAUUUUACCUAGGGUUUCUCCAUCAAAGUGUGGAAAUUGUGUACGUAUUAUGAGAUCUAUCCAUAUUGUAUUGUAGUUUAUAAGCUCGAGAAGAAAGUGUUUGUUAUUCUCUUCCUAGUCUUUUUGUCAAAAGUCUUGGGAAAAAGGACUUUUCCCAUUCCAUGUAGUGGAUGCUUAUUUCUAUGCGGUGCUUUACUUUCAUCUUGGAAGGUUUCUCCUCCUAAA